AUGUCAGGCAAUCAUAUUGCAAGCCUAGAUCGGAUACAUUUCCACGGGUUAAGCAAUCUAGCCGAUUUGCGCCUAUCUGGUAAUCAGUUAACAACAAUUCCAUCAAGCGCUUUUAUUAAUCUACCGAAUCUGGAGCUAAUUUUUUUAGCUUUUAACUUUAUCGAAAAUCUGAACGAAAAAACGUUUGAUAAUCUUGGGAAACUUCAAUUCUUGCAAUUGGGAGCCAACCGAAUAAAAAGAUGCAAUCAUAAAGUAUUUUCGACUUUGCGAACAUUACAGAUAUUGGAUUUAUCCGUUAAUCAAUUAUCCUUUGUUGAAGAUUAUUGCUUUAAAGACAUGACUUCUUUAUAUGGAGUAUCGUUAGCUAAAAAUCAACUUAAAACAAUUGGCUCCAAUUCAUUUUAUGGCUUGAGAAAUUUAGUAGAAAUAAAUAUUUCCAGCAAUCCAAUACAUCGGAUUGCUAGCCAAGCUUUAAAUGAUUUACAUAAUUUAACGAUACUGGAUUUAUCCUCAAAUGGAAUAGGUUAUAUACCCCCAUACGCUUUUAAUGUUUCAGAUCCAAGCCAUGUCAAUCGAUUGCAAUUACAAAACAAUUUUAUCUCCGUUCUUGAUCGACAUGCUUUUGAUGGGUUAUAUUCACUACAAACUUUUGGUUUAUCAAGAAACUCAUUAUCAGAUGCAGAAAACACACACAAUAGUUGGGUUUUAACCUCAAGUCGAAUCCUUUACGUUGAUUUGUCAAAUAAUGCUUUAAACCAAAUGCUAUAUUUAGUUGGAAUCGAACACGAUCAAAUUAAGAUGUUAGAUUUAUCUAAUAACAGAAUUAGUGAGAUGACAGUUUCUUGGUUUGGUGGUUUACCAACUUUCUUGAGGCCAUUAGCAAGCUUGAAUUUAGCUAACAAUUACAUCGACACUCUUUACAAUGGCACAUUUGCACCUGCUACAAACCUAACGAUUUUAACCCUAUCAGGAAAUCUUAUUCACUCCAUUUCUGAAUUCGCUUUCAAAGAUCUAACAAAAUUAACGGAAUUAUAUUUAGCAAACAAUCGACUCAAAAAUAUCGAAAGGUUCCUACGAAAUGAUUUUAGAUGUUUGAAUACGCUCAACUUUAGUACUUCAUACCUAUCGAUCCAGUUUAUUUCGUCAGAGGCUAUGCAUAAUUUGCCGCAACUUCAAAGAUUAUCUAUCAAUAAUAAUCGGUUGAACAAUCUAACAUGUAAAGGCUUUUCCAAGAGUAUAGUUGAAAUAGACGUUAGUUUUAAUAAAAUGGAAGCUCGUGGUAUUAACAUAUAUGAUCAAAUACUAAGCAAACUGGCGGCAUACCCUAGAGUUGUGUGA